CUGACAUAAAAGUCAGAACCCCUCACUCGCUUUGGAAGAAAACCAAAUAAAAAUCGAGUACCAUAAAGCCAAACCCUAACCAACCAACCCCAUCAUUCACUGUACGGACUUUCCCUCCACAACGCCCGAAACCCAGGUUCCACUUCCACCCAUCAAUCAUUCCCCCCUUUUCUCUUGUUUUCUUGCGCUUUCUUUCCCUGUAUGUCUCGCAUAUACGCGUAUACAUGCAUACAACAUGGGUUCAUGUAAUCAUAUAUGUUUAUCAAUGGAUCAUCAAGGGCAUGGACAAACCCCAGUAAUGGGAAUGGCUGGUAGUGCAGCUCAGUUGCCAUAUGGGACAAACCCUUAUCAACAUAACCAAAUGGGUGGAACCCCUACUUCCGGAUCAGUAGUGACAUCAGUUGGGACCAUUCAGUCUCCAGGGCAUCCAGCAGGGGCUCAGCUUGCACAACACCAGCUUGCUUAUCAGCAUAUGCACCACCAGCAGCAACAGCAGCUACAGCAACAACUCCAGUCUUUCUGGGCAAAUCAGCAUCAAGAAAUCGAGAAGGCUACUGAUUUUAAGAACCAUAGCCUUCCCUUGGCAAGAAUCAAGAAGAUCAUGAAGGCAGACGAGGAUGUAAGGAUGAUAUCAGCCGAGGCACCAGUGGUAUUUGCUAGGGCAUGUGAAAUGUUCAUUUUGGAGUUAACUUUGCGCUCUUGGAAUCACACAGAAGAAAACAAAAGGAGGACUCUGCAAAAGAACGAUAUUGCUGCAGCUAUCACAAGGACUGAUAUCUUUGACUUUUUGGUUGACAUUGUGCCAAGAGAGGAUCUCAAAGAUGAAGUACUCACGUCAAUCCCAAGAGGAACCAUGCCAGUUGGGGGGGCCUCUGACACAGUCCCUUACUACUAUAUGCCUGCUCAACACUCGCCUCAGGUUGGCACGCCUGGGAUGAUCAUGGGCAAGCCUGUUAUGGAUCCUGCUUUAUAUGCCCAACAGCCUCACCCCUACAUGGGUCAAUCAAUGUGGCAAUCACAGGCACCACAGCAAGAGCAUUCACCCUCAGAUUCUUAGCGGCUGCAGCACAUGAGUGAAGGAAGAGGAAUUUUGGUUCAUCAAAGCUUCUGGUGAACUCUGGCAGAAUGAAAGUAUAGGCCUUCUCUACUAAUGAACGAUCAAGAUGCAAGCUGAAGAAAAGCAUACUUUUGUAAAGAAAAUGCUUGAACAUGGCAGCUGAUUUUGAUUGAAUCUAUCCCUUUUUUUUUUGGUGGUAGAAUCUUACAUUUCCAGUCAGUAAUGUAUUUAUAUGUCUACCUUCAGCUGCUCUAGAAUGAAACUGUAGUUUUGUUCUUUACGCUACUGCUCUUUUUCCCUUUAUUUUAGCUAUCAUAUCUCUACCAGCUAUGGUUUGUUUGAA